AUGGCCGGGGUGAGAGUCGUCGGUAAAAAGAGAAACGGAAACUACAAUGAAUUGCGCUAUGUUUUGCUAAACGUCUUUCAAGAGCUCUCGACUAUUAGAGAAGAGUACUUGGUUUUCCAGGUGGACGAACGUAUUGUUCCCAUUUCGGAUCCAGAUAGCAAUUACGGUCAAUAUCUUGCCAAUCUUCCACCUGAAUGUCAUCAGUAUAUUGUACCCAUCGAGAUUUCUGAUACUGCAUCGAAAACAGCAUUGCAAUAUGAAACCACACUUCGCACAACAUUGUGCCCUGAACAAAUAGGACGUUUACCAAGAUUUGAUAUUCUCUUUCUUGGCAUGGGCCCCGAUGGUCAUACAUGCAGUCUUUUUCCAAAUCACAGACUCCUUCAAAAGAAUGAUCUGUUAACUUGGGUAGUCGCUAUCACUGACUCACCAAAGCCACCUUCACAACGAGUCUCUCUUACUCUUCCUGUUCUCAAUGCUGCCAAAAAUGUUGCAUUCAUUGUCACCGGAGAAGAAAAGGCUUCAAUGAUCAAGAGCGUUCUCGAUUCUGAUAUUCAACAUGUUCCUGCCUCCUUCGUGCGACCAUUCAGCAAGAAGCUUCGCUUUUUCUUGGAUAAGGAUGCAGCAAGCAAAUUGUAG